GCUGAGUGAAUACCGACCUUGAAAGACGGAACCAAGAUGUUUUUUCGUGACCGUCGUACUCAGUGGGCGGCACUCAAAGUGCGUUCAGCAAUAGUUGUGAUGUCAACAUUCGAUAUUAUUUUAUUAAUAUGCGGCGUAUGCAACGUUCAUGCCAUUGGAGAAAUGCGAGAAAGUGGCGUCUACUUGACACUAUCGUCCUUCAGUGACCAUGGAAUUUUACCCUUUUUCGAGCUAAACUGGUUCGGAAUACCACACAGAUACAUCGGACUUGUAUCUGUCAUGUUGUCAACAAGGAAUCCGCCCCAAAGUCCUUCCGAUAUUCUCGCCCGCCAGCCUAUCAAGAAACCCACCGAAUCGUUCGUUACACGUAUUAAAGCACCGAACUUCAACGUCACUACUUUGAUGAAAGGAAAGUGCCUCGGGUACUGGGCCCUUGUAGUGGAAACAUCGGGAGAUGUGAAAUCGUCGAGGCCAGAUAAAGUGCUGUAUUCAUCGUGCUUGACUCCUCAGCCUCGAUGGAUGAGAGAGAACUGUGCUGCCCUGUCUACGAUCAAGCUAACCGAUAUGCUAAUCCCCGGAACGCACAAUGCCGGAAUGUACAAAGCAGGGUACACACACCCGCACGAACAGUUGAUAUUUAACCAAGAUCAAACCACCUGGCAGCAGCUCGCGUACGGUAUUCGCGGCCUGGAUUUGAGGGUGCAGUAUUGCAACGGCGACUAUUAUAUUACCCAUGACAUCAUGCGAGGGCAGCCGACUGUACGGCAAGUGCUCAGGGAAGUUCGUAAGUUCGUGGAAGAAACAGGGGAAUUGGUGCUCUUGGAUUUCCACAGGUUCCCCAAAGGUUUCGAGCAACAACGCAAGGUCGCCACCACACGACACGAUAAACUUGUGCAUCUCAUUGUUACGGAACUGAAGGGUGUGCUUCUGAAGCGGUUCGACUACUUGAAGACAAUGGGUGAAAUAUUAGGGGCGUGUAGGAAUGAAGGGAGAACGCACGGCGGUGUCAUAGUAUUUUACAAUUCCAGAGACUACCAUGGACCUUACCAAGAGUUCUUGGCUCCCGGAGUAUGUCAGAAGUGGCCUAACGCACAAUCCAAGGAGGCGCUGAUGGAGUACCUAAAAACAAAGGCAUGUGCGCGCGGGGCGGGUUAUAUGGUCGCUAUAAUGGCGGAACUCACACCCAAAUUUCCAAAAUUCGUUGUUAGUACACGCAAGUUGGCAGAGUGGGUAAAUCGCGACAUAACGGAGCUUUUCAGGCGCCAGCCGCAGAAGUACUCUGGCAUUAUUGCGACAGAUUUUUUUCUUGGGAAUGGUAUAAUUGAUGUUGCAAUUGAGUCCAAUCUGUUGAGGGGGCGCCAAAUAUUAUCGAAUGAAAAGUUUGGUCAACGCAAGAACUGAAGUAUGAGUGACAUGAUGUAAACAAAAAUACUUUGGAGCUAUUUUGUAUGUACGAAUGCCAAUGCUCUGCUACUUCCAAACAUUCAUCAGUAGCAUUGGAAUGCGAAGACGUCCAUACAAGACGGAACUUAUAAUUUUUCCGCUUUCGCUUUUAUAUACGAAGCACAUUGGUGUCUAGCUUACGUUCCAGUCGGGUAAUACUUUUGUCGUGCUAACCCUCACAAACUAUGACUUGUUGCCUAACGUGUGUCCUACAACAACCUUGUACCCUUGUAGUUUGUAAGUUGCCACGGUAAAGAAAAGCAAACUUCUGUUUUCCCUUGAGCCAGGACUUUAACAAGGAAAAUCCGGUGUGCCUAUAUGACUUUCAAGCCUUUAUGGACAUAUACAACGACGGGCUGUGAUCGAUCAGAACUUCACUUCAAUAUAAAAUUGGUAACAAGUAUGAAUCUGUUUCGAAGCUACCAGUGCAAUUUCGAAGAAAGAAAUUGAUUACAUUAAUACUAUUCAUCAACUCAAGUGAGCUGGCAGCGCACAAGUUUAUAUACAAUAAAAUACAUUUUUCAG